AUGCUUGUCGUCCCCAUGCCCCCGCAAACGUCGCAUUUGCAUCCUGCCUCCAAGUCGCCCUCUUCUUACCCUUCAUCAUCUUCUACGCCAACAACAACAACCACUCCCGGCGAGACGCGCCCCAAGCUUGCCACCAAACCGAAGCUCACUCUCCAAACCUCGUCGCUUCCUCGCACAUUUGGCCGUUCUACCACUGGCCUGUCUCUCUCGCUGGCCACUGCCUCUCCGACCGUAUCCAACACCUUCAAAAAUGCCUAUGAGCCAUGCCCGCCCUCCGCCAUCCCCACCACAUCCUCUUCGACGCCCUCUCCGAUCAAGACCUCUACUCCUUUGAAACACUCGAGACAACCUUCCUCCAAUAACCCCUACCAACAACCACUGGGCGUGAAGAGCAUCCUGCGCAACUCGCCCUUGGAUUCCACAUCUCAUCGCCGGUCGGUUUCGAUCGGUGGUGGCAAUGGCGCAUCGGGAUCUCGUCGGGUAUUCUUCCCUACCAAGAAACAAGUGACCUUUCGGCAAACAUUAGAUGAGGAGAUCCGGACUGUGCAUUAUGUGGCACGGCAUUCGGAUCUCCUCGCGGAAGAGUCGGAUCUAGACAACCAGAAGAAGGAGCAGAAGCAGAAGCAGGAACAGCCGGUCCAGGAGGGAUCCGAUUCAGACUCUGAUUCGAACUCGAGUCUGGCACCGUCGGAUUCUGGCUCGGAUGAUGACCAGACAGGGUCGCUAGACAAAUCUGAACGGAGAAAGCGGAAGAGUCUCAGCGCAGAGAGACAAGUCCGCGCUGCGGCAUUACUGGAUGGCCUUGAGGGCGAUGCGUAUGGGAUUUCGACACCACAAACACCCCGCCAGGGUCGUGUCAAGCGUCGUCGCGAAUGGAAAUGGACAUUAGGCCCGGUCGAGGCGCGCAAUGAAAUUUACGGCCUUCCUCGGACGCCUGACGAGGCCAAAUCUUUCGACUCGGAAGGAAAGAAACACGAGCACGAAAACGAAACAGAAAGCCUGGGGUCAUGUGAAUCCGACUGGACGUCAGCCUCAUGGUCCGGUUCAUCAGUUGCUUCAUAUACGAACACUAGGCCUGACGAGUUCAAGACUGCAUGA